AGAAUGGGGCUAAUGCAACCAGAAUGAACUGGUUUAGGAGACAAAAGCUGGGGGCUAGAGGAGGUGCAUAAGCAGGAGAAGAGAGAGGAGACCAGAAAGAGACAGAAGUUUUCCCCUGACGCUGCUCUGACCAACAACAGGAAAAGAUGAGGGCUGCACUGCUGCUGCUGUUUUUCUGUGUCAUUGCCAUCACCACUGUAGCUGGUGGAAAGAACAAAGAGAGGAACAAACCCUCAGGGCCUGGGGCGAAAUGCAAAUGGAGCUACAGCAGCUGUGUGGCCAGCAAUGGUGACUGUGGAGCAGGAUUCAGAGACGGGACAUGUGACACACAGACCAAGAAGAUGAAGUGCAGAGUGCCCUGCAACUGGAAGAAGCAGUUUGGAGCUGACUGUAAGUAUCGAUAUGGAAGCUGGGGAGAGUGUGAUCUAGACUCUGGCUCUCGGUCCACGACAGCAACACUGAAGAAGGCCAUGUUCAACGUCGAGUGUCAGCAAACCCUCACUGUCACCAAACCUUGCUCAGGAGAAAAAAUUCAAAAACAGGAGAAAAAGGAAAAGAGACGGAAGAUAAAGGAGGAGAAGCGAGCCUCCAAGAUCAAAGCAAAAAUUGAGGCACAGUAAUAAUUGUCAAAAUCGCAGCCUUUUUCAAUAAUUAUUUUUACGACAGUACAAUCACUUCACAAAUUUCCAGCCUUAUUUUACAAGUCACUUUUUUGUUCUUUCAUUAUCGCUUACAAGUCCAACACCUUCAUGACCAGAACAGUCGAUGUCGCAGAGAUGAAGUGUUUUGGGGACAAUAUUUUUUGCAUUGUUAAUUUCCUUUAAGCCUGCAGUACUGUAAAAAUAAUACUAAUUCAGAAAAAAAAUAUGUGGGAUGUUGUUUCCAAACCAUUUGUGGAAUAAAUGCAUCUUUACAAAAAUUCAAUGAGGCUUCACUACAAACAGGAGCUGAUGUAAUUUUCAAUGUCCUGCCACUUUGGCUCUGAGGUAUUUUAUUACUGUAAACACACACACAUACACACAGAGUCUUUGUACUCCAUUUUGUAGAUAGUCGUGGCUCCAAAAACCAAGAACCCAAUUUAUUUUCCUUUUUAUUCUAACCUCCAAUGUUAGUACUUAAUCAAAGUGUGUGUGUGUGAAAUGUCAGCAGUGUAAAUUUGAUUUAUACCCACAAAUGACUGCUAUUAUCCUUUGCUUUUGUUUCAAUUUGAAAAGUUCCUUUUUCUUCUCAUUUGGGAUUUUUUUCCCCAUAAAGUUUUCUAUGCUCUCUUUCUCUUCUAGGAAAGCAAUUAUUUUUAGUUUUAGGCUUCAACAGUUUUGUUUUCAUUUUGUUAUUAAAGUCUGAAAUCAUAAUCUCA